AUGGGCGCUCCUGAGGAGCACAUGGUGGAAGUCGUCAAAGGCGACUCGGAGAUCAUACACAAGCACGACGUCCUCGACCUUGCCAACGACAUUCAGGAUGUCAAGCCCAGUGCAACCACCCCUGCCAUGUUCAAGCUGUACCUCAUACUGUCCAUUGGCUACUUCUGUAUCAUCCUACAGGGCUAUGAUGGUUCGCUGAUGGGUGCCAUCAAUGCGAUGCCCCAGUAUCUCGAUUAUUACGGAUUAAAAUCCGCAAGCUCUUCUACUGGCCUGGUCUUUGCGAUCUACAACAUCGGGGCCAUUGCAGCUCUGCCAAUCAGCGGUCCGCUCAAUGAUACCUUCGGUCGACGAUGGGGGAUGUUUGCCGGCGCCGCCUUGGUCAUCUUCAGCACUUGUAUCCAGGCUCCCGCGACGUCCAAGGCCAUGUUUUUGGCCGGCCGAUUCUUUGUCGGGUUUGGCCAGGGGUUUUUGAACGUGGCGGGCAUCACCUAUGUUAGCGAGAUGGCUCACCCUCACUGGCGGGGUCCUCUUUCGGCCUUCCUCGAGACAAACUACUUUGUCGGCAGUAUCCUUGCCUCCUGGGUGACCUACGGCACCGCGUACAUGUCCGGCACCAUUUCAUUUCGCCUUCCGGUAUGGCUGCAGAUGGUCAGCUCCGGAUACAUUGUCCUGGGAGUCUUCUUCUGUCCCGAGUCGCCACGCUGGCUCAUGGCGCAAGAUCGCUACUCGGAAGCCGAGGCCGUCCUGGCCACAUACCACGGUGAAGGUUCCAGGUUGAGCCCGUUUGUCCGCCUCCAGCUCGCAGAGAUGCGCGCCCAGAUUUCCUCAGACGGUUCCGACAAGCGCUGGUGGGACUACCGCGACCUGUUCAUGACGGCCGCAGCUCGAAGACGCUUGAUCUGUGUGGUUGGGUUUGCCUGGUUUGGCCAGUAUUCCGGCAACGCGCUGGUGUCGUACUACUUCCCCGUCAUCGUGGAGCAGACAGGCAUCACCAACCCGCACACGCAGCUGCUCCUCAACGCUCUGAACCCCGUGGUGUCGUGGAUCGCCGCGAUUCUGGGGUCGUUGCUGAGCGACCGCGUGGGCCGCCGACCGUUGCUGCUGGGAGGCUUCACCGGCUGCGCGCUGUGCCUGGCCGUGGUGACGGGCUUGACCAAGGUCUCAGUCACGUCCGGCGGCGCUGCGGCGGGCCACGCGGGCAUCUUCUUCAUCUACCUGUUCAGCGUGGUCUUUUCGUUCUGCCUCACGCCUCUCCAGCCCUUUUACAUUUCCGAGUGUUUGACCACCGAGACCCGCGCCAAGGGCAACGCGCUCGGCCAGAUCGUCGCCUCGGUCGCCGGCGUCGUCGGCCAGUACACGACGGGUGUCGCCAUCUCCAACAUCGGCUACUACUACUACCUGGUGUUUGUCUUUUGGGACUGCUUCGAGGUGCUGGUCACGUAUCUCUUCUUCCCUGAAACAAAGGGCCGCACACUCGAAGAAAUCAACGAAAUCUUCAACGACCCCCACCCGGUCAAAAAGUCUUUGGAGAGGAAAGAUGCCACGGGCGUUCUCCACGCAACUCUAAAGGUGGGAGAGGCUUGA